AUGCUCUCCAUAAAGCCCCUCCUCGCCUUCGCCGCCCUGGCCCUCACCACCUCAGCCUCAAACUGCAAUACCCACCAACUCUACUGCGGCAAAACGCUCAAGGCCUCCCGCGGCUGGACAAACAACGAAAUCCAAAGCAAGUGCCUCCGCAGCACCUACAACGACGGCCAGUACCCCUCCAUCAACCAAAUCGACAAGUCGCUCUUCAAGUGCGGCAGUGCGGGCGAUACGCUGGUGUGGAUUAAUGGGCGCGUGCCUUGUGGACGAUGUGUUGAUGGUGGAGCUGGAAACCCUGAUUACUGUGCUUAG